GGAGGAAGGGGACAGAGAACCGGGUGGAGGCGCCGUGCUGGAUAUAGCAGGGCGAGCGAGGGAUGGAGAAAUAGAUACCAGCUGCACACAGAAAGGAGGGCAAGGGGGCUUGGGAGAGGUAGUUUGGGAAAGGGACCCUAGAGGCCCUGGUGUAUGUGAGGGGGAGGAGGCACUGAGGGGUAUAGAGAUAAGUGAAGAUGUCCGGUGGCUUAUAUGUAGGGCUGGGGAGAGAAGCACCCUUGUGGGGGAAUGCAGCGAGUUCAGGGGCCCUGGGGUACACAGAAGGCAUGCAGCCGAGGGUCUUGGAGACGUAUCAUGAAAUCGAGAUGAUGGAUUAGAAGUGGGGCGAGUAUAUGGAGACUUUGAGGUGCUAAGGGUAGGAACAGGACAGAGGAGCCCUGAGUGAAAAGUGGGGAAUUGGCUUAGUGGGGCUCUGGGGAUGUACCUGGAGAGGAAAUUGGGAGGACUCGGUGUAUCUAGAGAUGGGGAGGACUUAACAGGGCACCUAGUGGGGAUGCAGAUCUAGGAAGGCCCUGGGGCCCGGAGAAUGGGCUGCUGCGUGUUUCUUGGGAGAGAGUGCAACCAGGGCUGUGGCUGGGAAGAAGAGGCAGCAACGCUUUAGAGAAAGUCAGGAGGCCAGAAGGGCUCAGGCUGCGAGAUAAGAGAGGCCAAAACGAUGUAAGGAGGAUAAGUCAACUUGGAGAUUGAAUGGCUUUUGUGGGGGUAGGCAAGUGGCAGGAUGCUGCCCUUCUGUCUGGUCUCGGGCCGAGAGGAGGACCAGGAGGAAAGGCACGUUGGGGUGGGGAUAGGCCGAACUCGGUUGGAAGCGUCGCUGAAGCCGGUUGGAAGCGUUGCUGAAGCAGCUUGAUGGAGCCAGAGCGGUUGUGACCUGGAGUCACAGUUUCUUUUUUAUAGGUUGCCGCUCCAGAUGCUGCUGCUGCCCCCGCGGCCACCCCACCCUCGGUCCUCCUCUCCGGAGGCCAUGGACCCACCGCCCCCCAAGACUCCCCCUUUCCCCAAGACGGAAAGCCCUUCCUCCACUUCUCCCUCAGCUGCGGGGCCACGACCCCCGCGGCUGGGCCGCCACCUGCUCAUCGACGCCAACGGAGUCCCCUACACGUACACGGUGCAGCUGGAGGAGGAGCCCCGGGGACCGCCCCAGCGCGAGGCACCCCCGGGAGAGCCCGGCCCUCGCAAGGGCUACAGCUGCCCAGAGUGCGCUCGUGUGUUUGCCAGCCCUCUGCGGCUGCAGAGCCACCGCGUGUCACACUCGGACCUCAAGCCCUUUACGUGCGGCGCCUGCGGCAAGGCCUUCAAGCGCUCCAGCCACCUGUCCCGGCACCGUGCCACGCACCGCGCCAGCGCUGGCCCACCGCACACCUGUCCCCUCUGCCCGCGCCGCUUCCAGGACGCCGCGGAGCUGGCGCAGCACGUGCGUCUCCACUAAGCUCAUACCCGGCUCUGGGCCUCCGCGUCUGUCCCACACAGUGGCACUCCCACACACAUUCCCAGGCUGAGGUUAUUGCCUUACACUGGGCCUCAGUUUCCCCAUCCAAAGGGAGAAGCGUCAUUCCUUCCUUUCCUACCUAGCUGUGUGAUGUAGACCAGUCUUUGCCCCUCCCUGGGUCUGGGAGCCAGUCGGAACUGGGUUCCGGCCCAGCUGUGCUGUGUGAGCCUUUGCAAGUGACUUAAUCUUUCUGAGCUCUGGUUUUCUGCCCUGAAGUGGUAAACGGUUGUCUGCGUGGAAGGUUUGACAAAAGAACACAGGCACGGUCUGGUUCCCUUUCUGUAUCUAUCCCCUUCCAUCCACUCCCUUCACCCUUUAUUCAAUAAACAUUCCGCACUCCA